AGCUUGCACGAGGGCAUCCCAGCGAGUCUCCCAUCGCCUGCGACGCUUUUCCACAUUGCCCACAAACGUCGGAUGGUAUUCGAGAUCCAGCAGGUCCUCCUCAUCACCGUCCUCAUCCUCGUCGACCCAGUCUCCGUCAUCGUUGAUGCUUCCCUCGGUAACAGUUGCAGAAACCUCGACGACCUUCUGCUCCUCCAUCUCCCCGGCAGUCUCCUCCCCAGACGACUCUUCCGGUUCCGGCGUCGAGCGGGGCUGCGUGCUUUCGACGCGCGGCGGAGGUUUCCUCGCUGAAGACAGCCGUCGCAGAGGCGGCUGGUGCACAACGGGCAUCUUCUUGACACCUACCGUCGGCGGAAUCGGCAGCGCAAUCGGCUCGUGGCUCGGGCUGGACUGCAUGCUCCGCAGGUCCGAGCGCCCCCCGACGCGAAGCGUCCGAUUCGUGUGCAGGAACGCCCACGGGUUGUAGGCGCCGCCUUGGAACGGCGUCGACGCGGGCGAGAACGUCGACUCGGAGAUCUGGUCCCCGCCGGCGUUCUGCGCAUAAACUUGCCACUGCCGCACGAGCUGCUCCUGGAUCGCGCUCGGGUCGUUGUUGAUUCCAGACUGGUCGUGUUGUUGUUGCUGCUGAUGCUGAUGCUGCUGGACAGGUUCGUAGUUGGUGCUUGGCUGUCGCCGCGGUGCUUGAUAUGGAUAGGAGUGGGUCCGGCGCACAUGGUUGAACGGAUACGGGUAAGGGGACCCGACGGGAACAACUGGGCUGUAAGCCGCUGCACGGUAGUUCGGGUUCAGCGGAGACGGAGACGGCGCCGCCGUCGUGGGCGGGAUGGGCGCCUCAGGACGCGGAGACCUGAAGUAGGCUUGGAGCUGUGGGUGAUCCAUGUAAUGAUCCUCAAACUCGUGUGCGUAGUACUGCUGUUGCUGUUGCUGUUGCUGCUGCAGCUGCUGCCGCCGGGGCUCGACAUAGCGAGGCGGCGGCGCCCGCUCAGGAUCUGGUGGCAGCGCAACGAACAUCGCGGGAUCGAGCGAAUGCAAACCCAGUUGAUCAGUCGAUCCAUUCCGCGUCCUCCCGCGAACAUUCGCAGCAUGGCUCGAAUAUCGCAUAUACCGGUCCGGCUCAAACGCAUCGUCCAGCGGCAGCGAGGACUGCGGCGAUCGCGGGGUGAAUCCACCUUGAGAGUCAUCCUGGUUGACCAUCGUGUCCUCGUCUUCGUCAGUCACGUCUUCCGCCCGAUGCUCUGCCCGGCUGUUCCGCCCACCGUGAGUGUACAUGUUCGGAUCGUAAGGGUUUGCAUCGGAUGACGGGGUAGGCGAGCUCGAGUGCUCGCUAGUCUCCGCGUACUGGAUGUGGUUCGAAGCGGCAGCAGCGGGAAGCUCGUCCUCCUGCUCUUCCUGCACAGGCAGGGAACGUGAGUUGGCUGUCAUGGCCUGCAGAGGAGGCGUCUGCCCAUGUGUUCCCACCGCCAACAACACAGCAGCAGCAGCAUUCGACAUCCUGCGAGGCUGCUCUACGGAAUACGACCCGUAUUCGACCGGAGAGUUCUGCCCUACAAAGGCAGAUGUCGGCGGUGAGACAGACUGGCGCGCCUUGGGACUCUCCCGAAGUGGCUGCUGGCGUUGCCGCUGUUGCUGCUGCAUUUGCUGCUGUUGGGUCUGCUGCUGCCCUUGCUGCUGCUGCUGCUGUUGUUGGGAAUCCAACGUUUUCGGACUGACCCGGUCGGCAGCCCGUAUCCGCUCUACAGCCGGAUCCAGCUUGGUAGGAACCAUGCUGACGGCAGCAGCAGCAGCGGCAGCGGCGGCAGCACCCUGCUGUGACUGCUGAAGAUCUGCCCGCUCGAUCUCCGCCAUCAACUCGUCCGUCAUCUUCCAGUUCUCAUCCAGCUUCGUCAAGAACUCGGGCGGCGGCCCACGGUUUAUCGGCCGCGGAUGGUGCGGUGGCGUCACCGCAACGUCGCGCUCGGCCGCGACGUCUUGCGCAGGGGAAUGGCGCUGGUGCGGCGGCGAGGGCAGCAGUCGCGAGUUCGGGGGCGAUCGGUUCGCGGACGUCGGGCUCCCGUUGCCCUGCUGGAACAUGUGCAUGACGCUGGGCACGAUGGGCAUGGAUGCCGCUUUCAUGUUGCGUGGCCUCAAAGCCGUCAGCGAUGUUGUUUGGUCACGCCCUGCAUGAGGUGGGCGGACAAUCUGCGCAGCCAGAUCUCCGCGCACAGGACGAUGACGGAAGAAAGAAAGAAGACGGAACGGACCUGGUGUGGACGGGUGCGCUUGCGGCUUCCGGGUGCGUUGAAGUUGUUGGGAGUGGCUGGCCAUGGAAUGGGGGGAGGAUGGAUCGAGGAUGGUCUUUAACGGAGAGAAAAAGAGUCCUGGCCGUUCCAACGUGUUAAGAGGAGACGGUGUCAACCGCACAACAACGAGGCGCCCAUCUUCGGUCGUCCAUCUUGGGUAACUGCGGCCUCGAGGCUAACCCACACUGCCCGGUCCGAACCUUGAUCGAUGGAAAUCAUCGGCAAUCGCCAAAACAAUAGCUAUCACCCGGAUAAGAUAAUCGAUUAGAUGUAGGCUCAGAUCGCUUGUCACUGACUUGGAAGGGGCGAUAUAAAUUAAGCCACAGCUAUGGUACAUAUAUGGCUACUUUUCAAUCCAGGGCGUCCGGGUACAGCUCGUGUGCCACCCUCUCAGCCUCAACCUCCGCUUCUCCGAGCGGCCCAGCAGCUUUGGCGUUAGCUUUAGCCUCAGUAGAUGACUGGGAUGCAGACCCAGCCGAAGACUCUGCCGAAGACUCGGCAGCUGAAUCUGCCGACGACUCUGCACUCGCUAUGGACUCCAUGACUGAGCUGAUGAUACUUUCCUCGACUUGAACCACAGGUGGCGGGGCAGCCUUGCUCUGAGCUUCCUGCUGUUGGCCCGCAAAGACAUCUCGACCCGGCUCCGGCUUGACAACAAAGGCAGAAGUGUGCCCUGGCUGCACUUGAGGUGCGGGAGUAGCUCCCCCAUAUUCUUCGUA